UGAGAAACAAUGAAAAAGAGCUCGGAGCUGCUAAGAAGCUGAGGUCGAGUUUGGAAGAGGGCUUCCAGAUAUUGGCGAAAACUUAUAUAAAGUUUUACAAACAAGCGGGCGCGCAUUUUGCUAUCGGUGAUCGUACGUAUGUGUUCUUCGGGGUCGGUUUUCUUUUCACUGUGGUUGUCCAAUGACUAACUUCUGGACAAAGAGGAGUCACAGAGGGAGCUUGCUUCAGCACUGCUUUACUUGAACUCUAAAGUUAUUGAAACCCUCCAGCAAGCACCUGACGAUGCCCUUGAAGGUAUGCCUUGGGUACCUGGUUCUUUCGAAGAAGAGCACAUCAUUAUUCGAUAUGAUAACCUCCGGCAACAUUCUGGCUAUGUCCGGACCAAGUGCGUGCACGUACUUCAUGAAUUGUUUUCCAGAAUAUCCGAUUGGGCAAUUCCCGUUCACACUCUACCCCCACUUGCCAAUCAAGCUUCAACAGUGACUCCUCCAACAGCCGAGCGGGGACCAGAAAGCUUUUUUGAGCGGAUCCACGCGCCUUUCCAUCGGCAGCGGUAUGGGUACGACAAACUACCUACUCAAUACUCUUUCCGUUUAGUCAAGGUACACAUAGCGAGACCGUCUGUGCAAUGCGAAAUCGAAACUUUCAACCUCAUCAGCCCACCGCCCUUCAAAGCGCUAAGUUACUGCUGGGGCAAGGGCGGACAACACUCCGAUAUCUGGUGCAACGAUCGCCUUUUCAAAGUCUCUUCCAAUCUGAAGAAAGGGCUCCAACGUCUACACAAAUAUGGCGCUUGGUCCCGCGUCGAGUGGUUCUGGAUUGACCAGAUAUGUAUCAACCAGAACGACUUUGAAGAACGCAUGCAUCAGGUGCGCUUGAUGCGCGCCAUCUACCAAAGAGCCCAAAAUACCCUUAUUUGGCUGGGGGCGGACGAUACAAGCGCUCGGGGUGCGAUAUCCAUUAUUGGUGAUCUUUAUCGCAUCGUGCUCGAGACACAAGAGAAAGAGACGGCUGCACGUGUCGAAGGCCGCUCACUGGACAAUGUCCAGGUGACACUUCCUUCAGAAUCAGACGAAAGGUGGAAUUCCCUAUCUUGGUUUUUGGAUCUUCCUUGGUUCGAAAGGUGUUGGAUUAUUCAAGAGGUGGUCGUCUCUCCAGGCGAUCCUACUCUGCUAUGCGGUGGCUUCCAGCUUCUCUGGUCCCGCUUCCAAGAAGCCAUGGCUGCACUCCUCCGCUACCAUCCUAAAUUUCGGGCCGAGAGGAUGAAGCUAAUGAAAGGAAUACUGGAUCUUUCGUCCAAAAGCGAACUUUGGGAGUUGAGCUCGUUGCUCCAAUCGACACGACCAUUCCAAGCCACCGAUCCACGGGACAAGAUCUUCGCGCUACUUGGUCUCGCUGGAGAAUCAAGAACUCCAGAAAAGUGGCCUAAAGCAUUAAUGCCAGACUACAGUCGUAGUACGCAAGACGUGUAUAUGGCGGUCGCGCUCUAUUGUAUCGACAAGACUUCAUCUCUGACUAUCCUAUCACAAGCAUGUUCCCAUUGGGGAACGGACGAGGCCUCAGUAGACGGGAGUCACCGGUCAUGGGUCCCGCAAUGGUUGGAAACUCAACGUGAGUGUGAACUAAGCACAUACAUAACCACUCGAAGUGGGUCGGGCUGGAAGACACUCGUCGAGAAAUACAACAAUGCAUCGGAUAGCCACCCAGUGUCCCGAAAUCCGCACACCCCGUCGCACAUCCUACGAUUGGAAGGCAUACAAGUUGCAGAUGUAGCAUUGUGCUUUCCGAUUGUCACUUCCGAAGCAGCGCCUUCUUCUUCUUCUUCUUCCUCCUCCUCCUCCUCCUCUUUGUCGCUAAUCGACAACCCGCAUCCCAAACUAUUGAAGACAACAGCAGAGCUCUUCACGGUUUGCAGGUCUCACCUCAUGCACCUUUCUAAUGAAGCUUUCCUCCGGACGUUCUUUCUUGUCACCACCGCCGGUUUGACACACGAGAAGAAUGACGCUCGCCACGAACCCAUGACGCAUUUGCGCGCCUUCUUGCGUAUAGUAAUACCGAAGAAGCUUGAGGCAGGAAGUGGAGAGGGCUCAAUGUACAGCGUCCGCAGAGCUUUCAGGUCCAACCUCAGCAUCUCCACACUGACACCCAGUCUCACUCCUCCAAUCUCCACCGAAUCAUUUCAAACACCUCCUCUAGAACGGAGGGAGUCCUCUUCUGAGAAUCUUCUCUCAGUGUCCGGCUCCGAGGGUGAGGAAACCCAAGCCGAUCCGACGCGGUAUACCUCUGCCUUGGCGCCGAUGCUCUACCGGCGGCUGUUCGUUACUUCGACAGGGCAUUUGGGUUUGGGACCUGCGGGCAUGAUGUCGGGAGAUACUGUGGUGGUGCUGUUCGGUGGAAGGGUUCUGUACGUGUUGAGAAGAGUUGAUGACGUGUGUUGGAGGUUCAUUGGAGAGUGCUACGUGGAUGGCUUUAUGUACGGGGAGGCGAUGCAGCCGCGUGAUGAAGCUACUGGCUCAAGGAAUGGGAGAGUGGAGCAUGAAUGGUUUGAUCUGGUCUGACCACAGCUAUUUUCAGUGGAAUAAUCAGUUGGAGACAAAGAACGCGGCCUUGCUCCAAAUGACUAUGUGAAUUCUCGCGACCGGUGGAUUCGUUAGCAAGGAAAUCCCGGAGACAAGUUCUAAUGAGACGAUGUUGGCCUUUGAAGAGACAAUAGGAAUGGCGCAGCUCGCACAGGGAAUUCAAGAAUCUGGGAGAGUCAUGAUGGCUCUCAGGGACGGUCCUAGGAUU